AUGGAAUUCAGCUCGGCCGACAAUGCGCAGACUCUGGUCACCUCGCCUCAUGCGCAAACCGCAUCACCGCCCCCAGCCGUCCCCGUGCCAGUCGCCGCCAUCAUCCUUGCUGCCCCCGAUACGCUCAGCGAUCGAACACACCUGUCACACGACCUUCAGCCCUUCGCUGGUCUCCCUCUCAUCGUGCAUGCCGUCAAGCUCGUCCGUGGCAUCGGUGCAUCCCCCAUCGUCAUCGCACGUACAUCGAGCGAUGAAGCCAAGAUCCGCGAGGCAGUCCGUCCCCACGUUCCAGUCGACGAGCUGAUGUGCGUCAACCAGGACCAAGAGCAAGGACCCCUCGGCGGCCUUCGAGCCGGACUGUCCGAUCUCCUUGAAGAGACGACCCACGCGCUCGUCCUGCCCGCUACGAUGCCGCUGCUCACGAUCAAAGCCUUGGAGACGAUGAGGGCUGCGAGCAAAGUCGCGCCCCUCGUCCUCCUUGGGCAGGCCGCUUUAGGUGACGGAGAGAAUGGGCCGGUGUGCUUUGAUGUGCUUUGGGCAGAGGUGGAGCUGAUCAGAGGAAUCUUCCAGAUCGAUGAGGGCAAGCCGGUGGUGAGAGGGGGAUCGAUGGAGGAUCUGGUGACCUUUGCGGCGGGGCAAAGGCGUAGGAUCGCCACAGUGUGCGUGAGCGAGGGUGAGCUGCUCCGGGUGGACACGGCUGAGGACUUGAUCGAGGCGGAGGGGAUCUGGCGCAGCCGAGACGGGAAAGACCGAGGCAAGGCGUAUGGAGCGUAG